AUGAUAUUCACGGCUCCACUAUAUGCAUCAGAAAGGCAUUGUGGUUAUUGCAAGGAUACUAAGACCGAUUUUUUUGCAUUAGAGAGUCAAGCAACCACCUUCAAGGAAACCUCAAAUACUAAAACAACACCUUCCAAACAGUCAGUAACUUUAGGUUCUUCAAUUUUAGAAAUGACAUGUCAAGAAUAUGACGAAUUAAUUAAUUGUGGGUUCAGAAGAUCAGGAGAUUUUUUAUAUAAACCAGAUUUAUUGAGGACGUGUUGCAGACUAUACACUAUUAGAACUAAUAACUCAUAUUUACAACUAAAUAAAAAGCAAAGGAAGUCAAUUAAUAAAUUUAUCAAGGAAAUUUGUCCUGAUGAAUCAAUACUAGACCCAAUACCGAAAAACACAUUUAAUUUAAACAGAUUGUUUGAAGCUCAAUCAAAAUCAACAAACUUCAAAAUGAAAUUUGAACCUUCAAAAUUUAGUAGAGAAAAAUAUCAGCUAUAUAAAAAAUACCAAAUCAACGUACACAAUGAUGAUCCAGAUGAAGUUAGUGAAGUUGGAUUUAGAAGAUUUUUAUGUGAUACUCCAUUUCCAUUUGAGGAGAUAAAUGGAACUAAAGAAGAAUGGGACAACUUAAAUAUUCAAAAUUGGUUUAAAGACAAAACCAACAAAGUUAAAAGAAUUGGUCCAACUCAUGUUUGUUACUAUCUAAACGACAAACUUAUAGCAAUCUCAAUUUUAGAUUUUCUACCGAGUGGGAUUUCAUCAAUUUAUUUUAUAUGGGAUACAGACUAUGCUCAUCUAUCAUUAGGUGUAAUAUCAAGUAUUUAUGAAAUUUUAUUGUGUGAAAAAUUAGGUUAUCGUUGGUAUUAUUUGGGUUACUACGUUGAAGAUUGUGACAAGAUGAAUUAUAAAGCAAAUUUUGGUGGUGAAAUAUUAGAUGUUUGUACUGAAACAUACUAUCCAUUGAAAGAUAUAAGACCGUUUUUGAAAAAUGGUAGAUUAUUUGUCAUUGGAGAUGAAAACACAAAGGGAGAAUUAGAUUGUGAAGUCAGUGGGAAUGUACAUAGUAAAGCCUUAACUGAUGAUGAUACUAAUAUCAGCGAAACAAUAUAUGGUAGGGCAGAAACAGAAUUGGAAUCAAAAAAAGAUGAGUAUAUACUUAAAAAGAGAUAUGAAAUAUACAGUAAAGGCUUAGGAUUAUAUAAAAUACCAAAUGUAAUGCCAGGCUUAGUACCGUUAUGGAAAAUCAAAAAAUGGCUAGAUGAAAAAGAAAUUAGUGCAUCAUAUGAACAACAAUUGCUACUCGGUGGGGAUGAUGUUAUAUAUGAAUUUGGAGAUUUAAAUGCUCAAGGAAAAUCAAUAAUAAUAGAUUGUAUUAGAGUUUUUGGAUUAGAAAGAGUUAAGAAUUCUACAAUUGCAUUACAAUAA